CAUAAGAUAAUUAACCAAUCAAUGCUAUCUAGAACAAAAGAAAUAGGAAUGAAAACGAAAAGCUGGAUUGGUUGACUUUCUUAUGGCUUAUGCGUUUUUUAUGAGUUAAAAGUCUGCGGUUCGGCCUUUAAUUUUCUAGUGCUACCAACACGCGUCGAUCGAUCAACCAUCUGUUUUUUAACCUCUGAGAUAAAUUGACGUUUAGCACUUUGGAAUGCGUUUGUUGUGAGCAAAGAUCUGGUUGUCUGUGAUUAUUCAGUUGCAUUGUCGACAUGUUGAAGGCGUCCCUGCGUCGAGCUUGCGGGCUCCUUACUCCGAGAAACAUUAGGGGAGUGCAAACAACAGCAUCUUGUGCAUCGGAUCAGCUGUUUAAUCACAGAGAUAGUGAGGAGGACAAUCCUAAUAUUCCAUUUGAAUUCAAUGAGGCAAAUAAGAAACGGAUCGAAGCUCUUCUGGCAAUUUAUCCCGAAGGUCACAAACGGGGUGCCAUGAUACCUUUGUUGGAUCUAGCGCAGCGACAACACGGCUGGCUGCCCAUCUCCGCCAUGCACAAAGUUGCAGAAAUACUGGAAGUACCGCGCAUGAGAGUAUAUGAAGUAGCCACAUUUUAUACAAUGUUCAAUCGCAAACCCAUGGGCAAGUAUCACGUACAGAUUUGCACCUGUACUCCAUGCUGGUUGAGAGAUUCAGAUUCCAUAGUCCAGGCUGUGACAAAGGCCACCAAUUGUGAGAUAGGCGGCACCUCUGCAGACAAAUUGUUCACUGUUUCAGAAGUAGAAUGUCUCGGUGCUUGUGCUAAUGCUCCGAUGUUCCAAGUGAACGAUGAUUAUUAUGUAUUUAUACUUGCAAAAGUUUAA